GUCAUUAGUGAUAGUGUUUUGAAUAAUGUAUUUCAAUCGAUAAGCCAAAAGUUUGCAGUCAUGUAUAGCGAGUGUAUGUAAGUGUCUAUGCGUUGGUUGCAUACAGUAUUGUCGGUACAGUAGUAUCGUUGGUAUCGUUAGUAUCGGUUGUAUGUCAAACAUGGCUGAGCCCAGCGAUUCAAGUCUGGCCUUCUUCACCAAAGCCAUACCGAAACAGUGGUCAUACACACUGUCCAUCUAUAACCAAGUGCUUCAAUUAAAGGCAUCGGAGCGCAACUCUAAAAAGGGUGGACCCGAGGAACUCAUAAAACUCGACACUUGGUACCGGGAAAAGUUACCUAAGCUGAUCCAUUCACGUAAAGAUCCUCAUAUCCUACACGAUGAAUUGGUUCAAAUUGCUAAAUGGAAAUUAAUGAGAGGCAAAUAUCGUCCGCGACUUUUAGAUUUGGUGCGAAUAAACACAGAAACUGCAGUAUUAACUACAAGUAAGAAAGCAUUCAGAAAGUUGUAUCACCAGAAAAACCUUCAACAGGCCAUCAAUGCAUUGGUGACACUCAAGGGUAUCGGACCGGCCACUGCUUCCGCUGUCCUGUCGGCUGCAUAUCCAGAAUACGCUCCAUUCAUGUCUGAUGAGGGCAUGCUUUCGACACCUGGAGUCGAGGCUACCGACUCUACUUUGGCAGAGUAUACCAAUUAUAGCGAACAAAUCAAGAACUGUUGCGAAAGACUUAAAGCAAGCGAUCCUGAGGGUAAAUGGACGCCUCAUAAAAUAGACACAGCUUUAUGGUGUCACUACUUGUCCCGCGAAAAUAAGCCCGAGCUUCUUGAAAAUAUGCCGCGAGCUGAUGGUAGUGAACCAAAUGUCAUUAAGAGCACAGAAGAGAACUCAACAGAAACUCCAGACAUUACUUCAUCGACAGACACUCCCGUCACUAAUGGAAACCCAAAUAACUCAGUUUCUGAUGACAACUCGUCGGGUCCUUCAUUAGAGUCGGAGGACAAAUCUAAUGAUUCAUCAAUUGUGGUCAAUAAGAACGGCAACGGAAACUUCAUUAGUGAAGACAGUAAAGACUUUGGAUCGGAGUGUGUCGAGAGUGAGGACUCGCGACCGGCCAUUGUUUCUGAAGAGAAUAGUAUUGACAACGGAGUGGAUAGUAGUAUUGAGCCGGCGUUUAAAAAGCAAAGGUUGGACACAACGGCAGUGGAUCUUUCGGCAGUUGCUGUUGGAGAAGACGCGCAGUUAUAGGGUUUACCACUAAUUAUAUAAUAAUUUUAGUUUUCAUUUUAAUUUCGAUAUUUUCUGACUUAUUAUUAGACAAAAUACAACUAAAAACUAUUAUUAUUAUAAACACAUUGACAACACAAUACAUAUAUACAUAACAUACACCACAAUCCAUAUAUUGCUUUCUUAUCUGUAUUUCUGGUGGCGUUUAGACUACUUUUAUGACGAAAAACGUUAUUUUGGAUAUUUUCAAUAUUAUAUUAGUUGAAUCCCAGUUUAUUAUUGAAAAAUAAAAUUAAAAAUAACGGUUUAUAUAAUUGUAUAAUUGGUUUAUAAAAUAAUCAAAUUAAUUCUUAGUUUAAUAUAUAUUAUACUUA